GCUCGCAAAGAGGAACAGAAGAAGAACAAAUCCAAGUUCGUUCCUGUCAGCAACUCCAAAGUUCCCUCCAUACCAGUUGUUAUCCUGUCCCACUAUGCUGUGCGGAAGUUGAAAGCAGGAGAGUACUGUGAACUCUACUAUUUCACUAACAAAGGUCUGAAAGACGCCAAGAAGAGUUUACUCUCCACCAAAUCACCAGGUUUAACACUAACAACAAAUGUUGAUGGACAACAAAUGUGGAUUAAUGCUGAUGAAACGCACGACCCCAAAGCUGUCAUCACCAAAGACGAGAAUCUGUCCUGGGAGCAUUUCAACGAAGCUGCCCUGCGUAUGAUCACAGCCAUAAAGCAACAUGAAUGGCCGGAAGAUAGAAUCAACAUGCACAUCCAAUUCUGGACCGCUCUCCAGAACCAUCGUUGGAGACACACUUUCGACACCUUAAAGCAAUGCACACUACUACUAUAUCAAAGCCAGCAACAGAGACUAUGGCAC